AUGGUUGGUAUUGAGCUUGCGUCAACUUUUACCGAUUCGUAUCUGGAAUUGUCCACGAACGUUACGAGGACCAGUGUCUCUGCACAGUCCUUGCUCUUCAAUACUUACAAUGUGACGAAUGGAGUCUAUACCGUGACACCCGGCAAUGAUGGCUCAUGCGACUAGCAGAUGUUUCGACUAGCUAUGAUGGACGAGACGAUCCCUCAGUCGAAUGGCAUCGCCCUUCCAGCCGCAACCUGUUGGGCGCCUGUAUCUCCUCAAACGGCAAUUGCCCAAGGCAUCUGCGAAGGCGUUACUUCUCCUGUUCGCCUUACGAGGGCCCUAUCUGCGUCUCAUCCCACGACUUUGUCGUGGGUGUGGGCUGGUGUGGAGACGGCACCGUAGACACGCCAUUCCCACACACAAAUUUCAGCUGGGAAACGCCUGGCGUGUACCUUUUUCAGGAAGACGCACCUGUGAAUGUGACAUGCCAAGGCAAUGUUUCGGCCCUGUUGGAGGAAGGCUUCGAUGGGAGCAUCUUCUGUACAGCGUGGGAGGUUUCUGUGGGUAUCCUCAUACCAUUCAGCGUCUCCUCGCCGAUCGCUCGUGACGAUAUGGGUAAACUGGGUAUCGAUGUUCUCGUAGCCGAAAACAACGCAAGUACGGGCCCAUGGUUUACAGUGAACCGCUAUGCUCUGACGGGCUCUUCUACAGACAACUCCUUCUGAAUCGGUUCAUGUUCAAUAUCUUUCUGGCGCGAUGAAGAAGCAGUAUUCUGUCCCGGUAAUCGGACUUUCGUAGCGGAACCCAACCGCAAGAGAGCAUUGGAUGUCGCACCUGUUGAUGGCUCUU